CAGAACGUCUCCGCUGAUCAGCUGACUUUGAGUGGGAUGCUAUGUUGAAGGACCUUUAAGCCGAAAACCUGCUAUUAUACGCGCUAUGUAUGGGAAAUCGCGACUCUGUCAUUGAAUUACACCUCACCGAGCAAGUACUGAAUCCAUUAAACACGUCGCAGAGCUUUACCAAUAAUCUCUGUGUUCCUUCACUCAGUGAUUGGAGACCUGGUGGACAAACCUCUGAGCAGCAGCCAUGACUGAAUUCUGGUUGAUCUCAGCGCCAGGCGAGAAGACAUGCCAGCAGACCUGGGAUAAGCUGAUGGUGGCCACCACACGCACCAACAACCUGUCAACCAACAACAAGUUCAACAUUCCUGACCUCAAGGUUGGAACGUUAGAUGUCUUAGUGGGUCUGUCAGAUGAGCUGGCUAAAUUAGACACCUUUGUGGAAAGUGUGGUCAAGAAGGUUGCUCAGUACAUGGCUGAUGUUCUGGAGGACAGUCGUGACAAAGUUCAGGAGAACCUGCUCGCAAAUGGAGUGGACUUGGUCACUUACAUCACCAGGUUCCAGUGGGACAUGGCUAAGUAUCCCAUCAAACAGUCACUGAAAAACAUAUCUGAGAUCAUCUCCAAGCAAGCGACUCAGAUAGACAAUGAUCUGAAGGCCAGAGCUUCAGCUUACAACAACCUGAAGGGAAACCUGCAAAACCUGGAGAGAAAAAAUGCGGGAAGCUUGUUGACCAGGAGUUUGGCCGACAUAGUAAAGAAAGAAGACUUUGUGCUGGACUCCGAAUACCUGGUUACCAUGCUGGUAGUUGUCCCAAAGACAGGCUAUGCUGACUGGCAAAAGACAUAUGAAACCCUGGCAGAAAUGGUUGUACCACGUUCCACUAAGCUCCUGUUUGAAGACAAUGACAGCGGCCUGUUCAGUGUCACUCUCUUCAGGAAGGCAGUGGAUGACUUCAAACACAAAGCCAGGGAAAACAAGUUUACAGUGCGUGAUUUCCAGUACAACGAAGAGGAGAUGAAGGCAGACAAAGAGGAGAUGACACGUUUGUCCACUGACAAGAAAAAACAGUUUGGGCCUUUGGUUCGAUGGUUGAAGGUGAAUUUCAGUGAGGCUUUCAUUGCUUGGAUUCACAUAAAAGCUCUUCGUGUAUUUGUGGAGUCAGUGUUAAGAUAUGGGCUGCCGGUCAACUUCCAGGCCAUGCUGCUGCAGCCUAACAAGAAGAAUAUGAAGAAGCUGAGAGAGGUGCUGUACGACCUGUACAAACACCUGGAUAGCAGCGCUGCCAUCAUCGAUGCCUCCAUGGACAUCCCAGGGCUGAAUUUGAGUCAGCAGGAGUACUACCCCUACGUUUCCUACAAGAUUGACUGUAACCUGCUGGAAUUCAAAGUCUAGAUACAUUGCCAUCAUCCUCUUUCUCUUUGUCCAUUGUGUUUUGAUGAUGUGAAAUGUUCACAUUUCCGAGCUUUAAUUUAUUCCACAUUCAUUCCCUAUUUUUUCCUCUUUUCACCUUUGUGUUCUCUCUUUCUUUUUCGCACUUAUGUUCUCAGUACAUUCCUGGGUCCACAUUGAAUUAAGUACUUACUGAAAACUAAUACUACUUGAUGAAUAUCGGUCCUUCCUUUGUGGUCACUUCCUCUUUACAUCGUUUACACCAGGUGACAUUCCUUAAAGCACCAGAGGACAUGUACAAACAUGCAUUGUUAUAGUGGUACUUAAUUCAAGGUAACAAAAACAGUACAUAGUUGGGAAAACAGGGAAAGAAAUGAGUCUAUGUUAAAUAUAUAGUAUUUAUUUGAAGCUUUAAAAUCAGUGAGUGUGUUCUUUGUUUGUUCAGUUUUUUAAAGUGGUUUUAGUUCCAUGUAAAGGAAUGUCUGUUUACAAGUAGAUACUGACCAUUGUUUCUCCAUGAGAUACUCUAUUAAUUCUGUGAAAUGCUGAAAACAAGUCAUUUUACAAUAUAAAGAAGCAAUAUGUUUGCUGAUUGUAUGCGCUGAUGAUUUCUGUAUAUUAAGCAGUUUGAGAAAUUCUAUGUUUCUGUGCAAAUAUUAUACCUUCAGUGACUGAAAAUUGAACCGUGUAUUUAAAAUAAAUGUGAAAAUAAAUACUGUAUGUGUAAUACUU